UUUGGCCGCCCCGAGGAAGGAACAGUCGCCAUUGCCAGAAGGAUUAGAGUCGGGGGGGCCGCAGCGUGCGCGCCCCUUCCUCUCUGCCGGUACCUUUGCCUGGCAGAGGGCAGCGGGCGCCCUCGUGCUAUUGCCCCCCCGAUCUCCCCCGCAGGAUGCUUGCCUUACCCCGGCGGCCGAGCGCGGCCACCACCUCAGCCUUGCUUUUGCUGCCGCUGCUGAUCGCCUUGGCUUGGGCGCGGAGCAACUCUCGGGGGCUCGCGGGGUUGCCCCCCAACGCUGCCACCACCACCCCUAUCGCCAUCAUGGGCUUGAUGCCUCUCAGCGACAUGGUGGAGAAAGGAAAGAUUGGCCGGGGAGUCCUGCCGGCUAUGCAGCUGGCCAUGGAGCAGAUCCUCAACGAGUCCUUGCUCAACCCUUACUCCCUGGACCUGCGCUACUACGACACCGAGUGUGACAAUGCAAAGGGACUUAAAGCCUUCUAUGAUGCAAUAAAAUACGGACCUACACACCUAAUGGUUUUUGGUGGAGUAUGUACAACUGUAACAUCCAUCAUUGCUGAAUCCUUAAUAGGAUGGAAUUUGGUCCAGCUCUCAUUUGCAGCAACAACGCCAGAGUUAGCUGAUAAGAAAAAGUAUCCUUAUUUCUUCCGGACAGUGCCAUCCGAUAAUGCUGUGAACCCUGCAAUUCUGAAGUUGCUCAAAUAUUUUCAAUGGAAAAGAGUUGGAACUCUAACCCAAGAUAUACGAAGAUUUUCUGAGGUACGGAAUGAUCUGACCGGUGUCCUGUAUGGUGAAGAUAUUGAAAUCUCAGACACAGAGAGUUUCUCUAAUGAUCCCUGCACAAGUGUCAAAAAGCUCAAGGGAAAUGAUGUCCGAAUUAUCCUCGGCCAGUUCAAUGAGGAAAUGGCUGCAAAAGUAUUUUGCUGUGCAUUUAAUGAAAAGAUGUUUGGUCCUAAGUAUCAGUGGAUCAUUCCUGGGUGGUAUCAAAGCUACUGGUGGGAAAAGGCUAUUCCAAAGCUUAAUUCAUCACACUGUCUCGGUACAAACCUUCUUGGUGCCAUGGAAGGCUACAUUGGAGUGGAUUUUGAACCUCUCAGUUCCAAACAGAUAAAAACUAUUUCAGGAAGGACACCACAGCAAUAUGAAGAAGAGUAUGAUCAGAGGCGUGGAAAUGUUGAGCCAAGUAAGUUCCAUGGCUUUGCUUAUGAUGGAAUAUGGGUAAUUGCCAAAACACUGCAGCAGGCUAUGAAGAUUCUCAAUGCUACCAACAAAAACCAAAAAAUUGAGGACUUUAACUACACCAACAAAGAACUUGGAAAAAUUUUCCUGGAUGCGAUGAAUCAGACAAGCUUCUUUGGUGUAACGGGUCAAGUUAUGUUCAGAAAUGGAGAGAGGAUGGGGACCAUCAAAUUUACACAGUUCCAAGACAAAAAGGAAGUGAAGGUGGGAGAAUAUAAUGCUAUACUUGAUUCACUGGAAAUCAUCAACAACUCCAUCAAAUUCCACGGAAUAGAACCACCAAAAGACAGAACAAUUAUUCAAAAGCAACUUCGCAAAAUCUCCCUGCCUCUCUACAGUAUUCUUUCUGCAAUCACUAUCUUGGGAAUGAUCAUGGCCAGCGCCUUUUUAUUCUUUAACAUCAAAAACCGAAACCAGAAGUUGAUAAAGAUGUCCAGUCCCUACAUGAACAAUCUUAUUAUUCUUGGGGGAAUGUUGUCCUAUGCAUCUAUAUUCCUUUUUGGCCUUGAUGGAUCUUUUGUCUCUGAAAAGACAUUUGAGACCCUUUGUACUGUCCGGACAUGGAUUCUUACAGUGGGCUACACAACUGCAUUUGGGGCAAUGUUUGCAAAAACAUGGAGAGUUCAUGCAAUUUUCAAAAAUGUAAAAAUGAAGAAAAAGAUCAUUAAGGACCAGAAAUUGAUGGUAAUAGUUGGAGGGAUGCUGCUGAUAGAUCUUUGCAUCUUGAUUUGCUGGCAAGUUGUUGAUCCCCUGAGGAGGACAGUAGAAAAAUACAACAUGGAGCCUGACCCUGCAGGCCGAGAUAUUUCUAUUCUUCCUAUUUUGGAGCACUGUGAAAACACUCAUAUGACCAUUUGGCUUGGCAUUGUUUAUGCCUACAAAGGCCUACUCAUGGUAAGUCUAAUGCUAUUUGGUUGCUUUUUGGCUUGGGAGACUCGGAAUGUGAGCAUUCCUGCUCUGAACGACAGUAAAUACAUUGGCAUGAGUGUUUAUAAUGUAGGCAUCAUGUGCAUUAUUGGAGCUGCUGUUUCCUUUCUCACACGAGACCAGCCCAACGUACAAUUCUGCAUUGUGGCACUAGUCAUUAUAUUUUGUAGUACUAUUACACUCUGCUUAGUCUUUGUACCUAAGUUAAUCACACUGAGGACAAAUCCAGAUGCUGCUACUCGGAACAGAGGGCUCCAGUUCACUCACAACCAGAAGAAAGAUGACUCAAAAACGUCGACGUCUGUCACCAGUGUUAACCAAGCUAGCACAUCGAGGUUAGAAGGACUACAGUCAGAAAACCACCAGCUGAGAAUGAAAAUAACUGAGCUGGACAAAACUUUAGAAGAAGUCACGAUGCAGCUUCAGGACACACCUGAGAAGACAACAUAUAUUAAGCAGAAUCAUUAUCAGGAGCUCAAUGAUAUUCUCAGUAUACGCAACUUUACAGAAAACAAAGAUGGUGAAAAAGCUGUAUUGAAAAACCACCUUGAUCAAAACCCUCAAGCACAAUGGAAUACUACAGAGUCCUCCAGAACAAGCAAAGACUUUAUAGAAGAUAUCAACUCCCCAGAACACAUACAGCGUCGGCUCUCCUUACAGCUGCCAAUUCUUCACCAUGCCUACUUGCCAUCAAUAGGAGGGGUCGACGCCAGUUGUGCCAGUCCGUGUGUCAGCCCCAGUGCCAGUCCACGGCACAGACACGUGCCACCAUCGUUUCGUGUGAUGGUCUCUGGCCUGUAGGAGGAUAUCAGAGCUUCCUGAACUGCUUUUGGUACUCAACGGCUGGACUGAACGUGUUGUGUCAAACUCUUGCCUUCUACAUACUCCUUGCUCUUACCACAGAGGAACUAGUGUUAUAAGGCCAUCGUCCAGGGAGGACCCGCUCCACUGCUGUGGAAAAGCAUGCAAAGUGGAGAGGGUUACCCAGAGGUUGAUCUGUAGCCUUACUUGUGGACAUUUUUAUUUCUUCAUGAAGAAAGUCACCAAACCAUGUUCCUUCCUAGAUUUCUACCGGAGGCAAGGUGGCUGGAAACAUAAACUUGACAAAGAACAAACAAACAAAUUCCACUCAAGUGUCACUAAAGCUUUAUAUGGCUGUCGAAACAUGAAACCAUGUGCAAAAAAAGAAAAGAAAAAGGCAAUCGCAUCAACAGAGAGCUAUAUUAACUGAAAUGGAUACUUUGUUUUGCAGGGAUUGCAUUCAGCUGCUGGAGGCCCCAGUUAGUUGGGCUGACAUUCAUUUCUGGGACUAAGUUCAGUGGGGUGGUGGAGGAGAAGGAGGAGGAGUCAUUUAGAAAUAGUUCCUCAGGUGUCAUUGAGACUUGCGCUCAGCCCAGCACCAAUCCGCUCAAGACGUGCUUGGGAUGGAGGAUGCUUCCAAGGGGGAAGCAGGUCCAGGAUCAAAAUCUCAGAGUGGCUACCAGGUAGAUAGUCACAGAACAAGUCUUUGCAGCCAUCUCUUCCUCCUGCUAAGAUACAACAAGGCUUGGCAAGGUCCCAGAGCUGAACGUCUUCAAGCGGGCUGAAAACUAGGAACAACAGCGCUGAAGGCUGAGGAUGGAUCCUGGAAGUCUUAACGUCACAGGAUGAAUUGUUAACCCCUCCCCGCAGUUUGCUUAAUUUAAACCACACCAUAAUUACAGUACAGUUAAUUUAGUAGAGGAGGGGUGGGGUUGGGGCGCUUAGGCACCACAGUUUGCUGCUGCAGCGGAAUCCUGCAGAGGCACAAAUAGUAUAUACACAACCUUUGCUUCGUAUCUGCGUGUGUGACAGUGGUAGUUGAGAAUAAGACAGUCUGAACCAAGUCUGCCCAGUUGGGGCAAAAAUACCAUUUGUCCUUUGAAUUAGAAAACAGAAGGUGAAAAAUGGAUAUGUUUUUUUAAAAAAAUAAAAAUAAAACGUAACAUACUAGUUUCCUAUUGCGGUUUCCCCCUGAGAAAUUAUGAUUUAAUGUACUCCCUCCCAAGAGCAAUUGAAUUGUUAGGUGAGCUCAAGUGAAAUGUUUGAGUGCUUCCAUCACUUUUUGAUAAGGUCUGAUUCAAGCAUGCGCUACUUGUAUGCUAGCGGUUCUGUGCAAGCCUACAGGGAUUAAGAUUGUUGAUGCAUGUACGACCCAAUGAGGGACAACUACCUGGCACAUAGAAUUUCAGUGGGCACAUUUUCCUCUGGAGACAGUGCUGCCGUGUUGAGAGAUGCCACACCGUCUGAGUUUCUUAUUGUUGCGUCGCUAUAGGCCAAUUCACUCAUGGGCCCAGGUUCUGCAUCCUACAUGGGAAGGACAUAGAAACAAGGCCUAAUCUCCCCCUUUGCCUUACUGCAUUAUAGGAUGUUCAGUGGAACAAAGGCCUAUGUAUUUCCAUGCCUCUAUGAGUGCGCUUUUUAACUGCUGGUACUCGUACCACCUGAAAUACUGGGAAGUACUACCAGUUGAAAACCACUGAUCUAUGAGAAGGCCUCAACCAUACAAUCCAUAGGUUGGGCCUAGCCAUGCAGGAAAUGUACACAUGCAAGCUCGGUGCUGUGAUGAUGUACAAACUAUGUGAACAGCAUAAAAGCAAACUUGAGCCUGGCUGUUGGCUGGAGACACACAAAAUAUUUCCCCCCUUAGAAUUGUACACUUUCCCCCACUAUUACCUCUGUUCAGAGUGUUUUGCAGUGCUUUUUUAAAAAUCUGCAAAGCCUGUAUGUCCAGAGAUAAGAGUGGGACAAAAGAAAUGGAGUGAUACCUCGCAUACCAGCUUCACUUCCCAUUAAACACCACUGGCUGUCUCCAGCCUUGGCCACUCUCAUUGGAUGUUAAUUUGGCUUGCAGCAUUGCCGAUACUGGCCGCCUUUUCUAAAUCCUGUAUUAAUUAAAGCUUGUAAAAUAAGGCAUGGUGCAGAGUGGGGUUGUCGUGUCCUCUCUCACGCCAUAGGAAUGAAUCUUUUCCCACCCAGAAGCAUUUAGUAUCUGCAUGAGAGAGGAGAUAUACCAACUGAGUCACUGCCCCUGAUCCCAUCUUUCUGAAUAUCACAUAAACCUUGAUCCACUGGGGACAUCACAGAAUCUCUUCCUGAUCACAUAUCACUGAGAGAUCAUGGAGGCACCUGGCAGUGUUAGAACAACUGUGAGUAAGUCUACCGCACAGGAAGUAGAACACAUUACUCCGUUUGAGCACUAACCACUGAAGGUGUUGUCUGGUAUGUGUGGGUGUGGAUGUAUGUAUGUGUGUUGACAGUAUUCUCUUAAUUUAUUAAUAAACUUCAUCAGGACUUUAUUUAAUACAAAUAUUACUUUUCAAAAAAGGACAAUAAUACUGUAUAUAAUGUAUACACAAACAUUUCUGUAGAAAAUAUUAUUCCAACAUAGCAGGAAACAAAACAAAAAAAAUCAAAAGUAUUGGACUGUUGGCGGUGAGUGUGUGUCUGUAACUCUUUGUGUAUACUGACUGUGUGCUGUUUCUUAGGUUUAAAUCAUGCAGUACAUUCUUUGUCUCAAAUGCAACUGUAGUUUCUCCCAAAACAUUUUUUUUUAAUUUCCUGCAGAAAAUAAGACCCACAAAGUGACUAUAGCUAUUUAAUGUUUCUGGUUUUUUAUACUGCAGCAAAAAUGUACUGUAAAAAUUUAUGAUGAGGCUGUGCCCCAAUGGCAUUUUCCAACAAUGUUAGUGCACAAAUGCUUUAACCUAGACUGGAACUGUCAGAAUUAUUUUAAAAAAA